UUGCAAAUCUGACAUUUUGACAAGUUUAGCCAUGAAAAUGUCCCUACUUAAUGGAAUUUUGGCAGUCGUGUUCCUGAUGACUCAAGUCUCCUCGCAAAAGAACAACGAAAGCGAGAAGGACUUGACCUGUGACCCCGGCUGCCGAGGACCAAUGGGACCGCCCGGCCAGCGUGGUCGCCCCGGCAACAAGGGGAACAUGGGAUUGCCGGGAUGGAGAGGCGAGGUCGGAGUGCGCGGGUUACCGGGGAAACCAGGGCUGCGAGGAAGGAGAGGGAGGCCAGGCAAGGCUGGACCUGAAGGCCCGCCAGGACAGAAAGGAGAGGAAGGCAAAGCUGGAAAACGAGGAACGAAAGGCGACAAAGGUGACCCAGGAUUGUCGACAUCAUCGUCAGUGCCGUACAACCUGGCCUUUUCCGCAGCAAGGACCACGCCGAUCGGACCUGCGUAUCGCAACAAUGAGGUCAUCAUCUUCAACCACGUCUUCACGAAUGUGGGAAACGGUUAUGAUGUAACAACCGGGAAGUUCACAGCACCGAUGGAUGGCGUUUACGUCUUCAUGUACAACGUGCACAAAAAUCUCGCAUCGCACGGUAUGAGAGUGGCUCUCAUGCGCAAUGGUGACAUACAGGUGUUAGCUGAGGAUGUGAGCGGAGACCCGCAGGACAUGGCAGGGAACAGCGUGAUCCUGGAGCUUACGGAGGGGGACGGGGUCUGGCUGGAACUGAUGCUGAAGCAGGCCAUCAACAGUAGCAAGAUGAGGCAGAGCACCUUUUCUGGGUAUCUCCUCUUCACACAAUAGCACCUGGGUGGUCUUGAAAUGUGUUUUCAUCUGCAAUCCUGCAUAUCUAUUAUCUUUACUAUUGGCAACAGUUAGACUUGUUUUUUAAUGUGCAAAUAAACAAUAAAACUAUGGACUACCAAGAAACAACAAAACCAUCUGAUGUACUUUAUACUAUAGCUGUCCAUUGGCAACAGUAAGACUUAUCUUUUUGCAAUGUGGAAAUAAACAAUAAACAAUCUGAUGUACUUGUAGCUUUUCAUCAGUCAGAAGGCACAAACCUCUUCAUAUCUUUGCCCCUACAGUAGUUUAGAAGCCAUAGUUACAUGUACCACCAUGGCAAGAGGGUUGCCUAAUUGCAUCCCUUGUCACUUGUGUAAUUUGUAAGGAUUUUUAGUUGCUGGGAGGAUGACCUAUCAUUUUAUCUAACAUUAAAUAAUCAUGGUUGGUAUUUCUUAAAGACAUCGAACAUGGAAAGGUUUACACAGUGAUUCUUCCGCCCCCCACCCCCGCAUACACAUGUACAUGGUAUGUUCCAGGACACCUUUCAACAUUCUGAUAGAUCAGGAAGCCAUUACAAUAGCUUUGACCUUCACCCUCAGAUGUCACAGACAUCCUGCCCUUGGGCAUCUCUCAGCUCACAGAGUGCCUGAUUUAGCUGUAGGCAUGUGGAUUAGGAUAUCAGAUGUGUUUGAACUUGACCCUGAAUGACCUAAAACUACCACUGGA